AUGAGUUCGCAAGACAACGAUCCCUUUUACCUUCGUACUGGGCACUCAGGAAAGCAUGGUCAUGAAUUUUUAGAAUUCGAAUACUCGCAUGGCCGUCUGCGAUAUGCCAACAACUCGAACUACAGAAAUGACAGCCUCAUCCGCAAAGAGAUGUGGAUCAGCCCGCUAGCUGUGAAAGAAUUCAAGAGGAUUAUCGAGGCCAGUGAAGUUACUAAGGAAGACGACAUAAACUGGCCCAAGAAAAACAUUGUCGGCAAGCAGGAACUGGAAAUCCGGAUUGGGAAUGAUCACAUUGCAUUCGAAACCGCUAAGAUUGGCUCGCUUGUUGACAUUCAGGAUAGCGAGGAUCCAGAGGGUCUGCGCGUGUUUUACUAUCUCAUUCAGGAUUUGAGGUGUUUUGUGUUUUCAUUGAUCACCCUUCAUUUCAAGAUCAAGCCGAUCUAG